AACUAUAUACGUUAAGAAAGCUUCUUUGAAGCAGAAACACACGAGUCGCGCAUUUUGGCAAGGCAGGGAACAGUGCCUAGAACAGCCUAACAGUCUAACAACUUUCUAGGUUUGGGAAGGUGUCCGGAAGGGUUUUCUGAGAUUGCUUGUCUGAGCAUGAACGGAAGUCACUCUCUGAGCCGUCUCCGGUGAUUUAAUAAUAGGUGCCAUAUUCAGGACAGACCAGUCUCUUUCCAUUGUUAUUUCCGAUGCACACACAAGCAGGUGAGGAGGUCGCAAAUUUGUCUCCGUUUCGAGAAAAUAAAGAGUGCAUUCAUAGAAGUCUUGGCAACCCAACGCCUCGUCCUCCCGUAGUAAAGAUGGCGGCACCUUGAGCGUAAAUUACAAGCAAUACGACUUCCGCAUUUCUCUUGUGCCCUGGUCCAAGAUGGCGGACGAGGCCACUCGGCGGGUCGUGUCUGAGAUUCCAGUGCUGAAGACUAACGCCGGACCUCGGGAUCGGGAGUUGUGGGUGCAGCGACUAAAGGAGGAGUAUCAGUCCCUUAUCCGGUAUGUGGAGAACAACAAGAAUGCAGACAAUGAUUGGUUCCGACUGGAGUCCAACAAGGAAGGGACCCGGUGGUUUGGAAAGUGCUGGUACAUCCAUGACCUCCUCAAAUAUGAGUUUGACAUCGAGUUUGACAUUCCUGUCACAUAUCCCACUACUGCUCCAGAAAUUGCAGUCCCUGAGCUGGAUGGAAAGACAGCAAAGAUGUACAGGGGAGGCAAAAUAUGCCUGACUGAUCACUUCAAACCUCUGUGGGCCAGGAAUGUGCCCAAAUUUGGACUAGCUCAUCUCAUGGCCCUGGGGCUGGGUCCAUGGCUGGCAGUGGAAAUCCCUGAUCUGAUUCAGAAGGGUGUGAUCCAGCACAAAGAGAAAUGCAACCAAUGAAGGAUCAAGCCACUGAGGCAGGACAAAGGGACCUGUAUCCCUCAGACUGUGUUCCUUUUUUCUUGCGCAUCACUUUUCUUACUGUCCCACAUCCCUCCAGCUCAAGCUGCUACUAAGAAGCUGCAGCAGGCAUUGCUGGGGCUAAAAAACAACAACCCGGUACUGCCAUUGAGUUUCUAAGUCUACACAGGUUGGGAAAAGACUUGGGCCUUGAAAAACCAAGAGGCAAUUUAUAUAUCUUCCCUAAGUGGAGCAAUGGAAGCCUCAAUCCUGGAGGCAUAGGGGUAAUUGAGAAUGAGUAUGUAGCCUUUUUGGUUUCUGGAGACACCCAUCAAUAAAAGCUGCUUCCUGUUGUGGCUUGUGGUUUUCAUUGGUGGCUAAUGCCGGAGGCACAUGAACAGCUACACUAGGAUGGGGGAAAUAGAUGUUCUGGUCCGGAGCUGGGGAAUGAAAGAAAAUCUGGACUGCUCUUCCUGCUCCUGAGAUCUAUCUGCCUUUGUCCUUUAGCGGUGAGACAUGCUUUACCCUACUGUUUGAGCCUGCAAGGAGCUUGAGGAAUGGUUUUGCAGGUUCAGCAUUCUCUGCCCUCUAGGGAUCUUCCCAUCUCUAUGUGGAGUAUUAGAUGCUCUCCACUGGUAUGUGGGCUGGACCCAGGCCUGCAGCUUGCAAC